AUGGAACUGCGACCGCCACAGCUGCGAUUCGAUCCAGCGACCUUCCGUUCCCCAAUCAGGCACCUUAACCCCGAGCGUACCACGACUGGCAUGGCGGCCGUUUCAAGUCUGCGCCGCAAGACGCGGCUAGAGGAAGUUCCCAAGUUCAACUCCAGGGACGCCUGCCAUGGAGGCACGAACAUUGCUACCAGGCAGGGCUACCUGUUCGGUCCGUCAUACGCCGACGCCGAAAUCAAGCAGCUAACCGCGGGUGCUGGAUUACACCGCUGUUCCUGGACCCUCGACACCAACAGCUCGACCAAGGUCGUACGGCUGGUGAGCCAGUACUUUUCUCUGGACGACCACUGCGUCCAGAGCAAGCUGCACGUGCACGACGGUGACUCCCGAGAGGCCCCGUUGUUGGCAACCCUGUGCGGAGCUGACGUCCCCGCCGAGCUGACCACGUCCGCGGGAGCUCUUCACUUGGAGCUCGAGUUCCGCGCCAUACACGUUGGCGAGGGCUUCAUGUUCUACUUCGAGCACGCCUACAGGCCGGUGGAGUGCGCUGCCGAACUGGUGAGCUGCCGCAACGGGUACCGUUGCGCCAGCACUGAACAGCUGUGCGACGGACACGACGACUGCGGCGACGGCACGGACGAGGAGGAGUGUCCUGUCUCGGCCGUCAACGGCACCGCAGUGUUCCAACCUGCUGUUUGCGGCAGUGCCCCGAGCGACACGGACCGGAUCGUGGGCGGCACGGAGGCGUCGAUGGACCGCUGGCCCUGGAUCGCCCAACUGCGCGCGCCCCGGGACGAGCCGAACGGAUACCGCUGCACGGCCACGCUCAUAGCGUCCAAGUGGCUCGUCAGUGCGGCGCACUGCUUCAAAAU